CAGAGGGACUGGCGUGCACUGGAGUAAUGCUGUAGACUUGUAACAUGGAGUGUACAAUUUUAAUUGGAGAAAAAGAUUGCAGAAGCAUGUUUCCUCCUGCAAGGGUUACUGCUGUGUGCUGCUGUGUUGUUUUCUUCUGUCUUUUACCGGUGAAUGAAGCCUGGAAGCAAAGUAAACCUCGCCUGAAGUUCUCAUACAAAGAUUUGCUGAUGAACGACAGUUGUAACCCAUUUCAUGGAUCAGCAGAAAGUUCAAGUUUCCAGUCUUUAUUAAUAGAUGAAGAAAGAGGAAAACUUCUGGUCGGAGCUAAAGAUCUGAUUUAUGUUUUGAAUCUGGAAAAUUUGAACAAGGAACCCAAAAAGAUUCAUUGGCCAGCAGCUACAGAGAGAGUGGAGCUCUGUAAACAGACCGGCAAAAAGGAAGCAGAGUGUGCAAAUUUCAUCCGCCUGCUGCACAACUUCAACAAGACACAUGUCUAUACUUGCGGCACGGGAGCUUUCCAUCCUGCGUGUGGAUACAUUGAACUUGGACCCCCUGCACAGGAGCUUUCAUUGAAGUUUGACCUUAAAACUCUGGAAUCUGGAAAACUGAAAUGCCCUUAUGACCCCAGCCAACCUUUCACAUCAGCUCUCAUUGAUGAAUACCUCUUUGCUGGGACAUCAUCCGACUUCCUUGGGAGAGACACAGCUCUAUUUCGCUCCCCCAUACAUCACCUGGAAAAUCAGCAUAUCCGCACAGAACACAACAACCUGCUUUGGUUAAGUGAUGCUAAGUUUAUUGGGAUGUACCCCAUCUCUGAUACCACCAAUGAUGAUGAUGAUAAAGUAUACAUAUUUUUAAGAGAGACAGCCGUGGACACAAGAGGAACUGAAAGAGCCAUUUACUCCAGAGUGGCCAGAGUUUGUAAGAAAGAUAUUGGAGGUCAGCGGAGUUUGAUCAACAAGUGGACUACCUUUCUGAAAGCUCGUCUGAUUUGUUCAGUCCCAGGGCCUGAUGGUUAUCAGACUUACUUUGAUGAACUGCAGGAUGUUUUUCUGUUCAACACCAAUGCCAAAUUACCUGUGUUUUAUGGGGUCUUCACAUCUUCAAGUUCUGUUUUCAGCGGCUCAGCUGUUUGUGCAUAUAGCCUAGCUGACAUUCGUGCUGCAUUUAAUGGACCUUUCACACAUAAAGACAGUCCUGACCACCACUGGGUGGAAUACCAGGGGAAGAUUCCUUAUCCAAGACCUGGGACAUGUCCCAGUAAAACAUUUGACUCCACAAUUGAGUCUACCAAGGAUUUUUCAGAUGAUGUCAUCAGCUUCAUUAAGAAUCACCCAAUGAUGUACAAGGCUGUAUAUCCAAUAAACAAGAGACCCGUUUUCAUUCAAGUAAACACUGGUUACAAAAUUACACAGCUUGUGGUUGACCGUGUUAAUGCAAAGGAUGGACAGUAUGCAGUCCUAUUUUUGGGCACAGAUGUUGGAUCAGUAAUAAAGGCAUUGAGUAUUACCAAGGAUAACUUGAAUGCAGAAGAAAUUGUAUUGGAAGAAUUGCAAGUGUUUGAGGAAUCAACUCCAAUAUUAACAAUGGAACUUUCUUCAAAGCAGAAGCAGAUUUAUAUUGGAUCGAAGGAUGGUGUAGUACAGCUUUCGCUACAUAGGUGUGGUGCAUAUGGUGCAACUUGCUCUGAGUGUUGCCUUGCCAGAGAUCCCUACUGUGCAUGGAAUGGAACCUUGUGUUGCAGAUAUGUGCCAGCACUGAAAAGACAAACUAGACGUCAAGAUAUAAAGACUGGAGACCCAAUAAUUCAGUGUUGGGAUCAAGAGGACUAUGCAGCAAAUGUACUAACUGAGAAGAAGUUAAUUUUUGGAGUUCAACACAAUUCAACAUUCCUGGAAUGCAGUCCAAGGUCACAACAAACAUCAGUAAUUUGGUCAGUUCAACGAUCAUUGGAUGGCCAGCAAGAGGAGAUAAAAUAUGGUUCCAGAAUCAUCAAAACAAGGCUUGGGCUCCUCAUACGUCACUUGCAGGAAGAUGAUGCUGGGAUUUACUAUUGCAGAGCCGUGGAAAACACAUUCACACAUGUCAUUACUAAGUUUCACCUUAAGAUUAUUCUGAGUGACUUCAUGGCAGCUCCGCCAAAACCAAGGCACAAUGAUGGAAAGAGUAAAGACACUCGGAACAGGACAAGGCUACGUUACAAGGAUUUUCUGCAACUUCUGAAUCAACCAGGCAUUACUGUAAAUGAAUAUUGCCAACAAAUGUGGCGCACAGGAAAACGAGGACAAAAUAGCAAAACAGCAGCAAAAUGGAAAAAAGCACCAGAGUUUAAGCGGUAUUAAUAUUGGAAAAUAUCAGAUGCUUUGUGGUCCUCUUGAGUGAAGAUACAGUAACAAAAAUUAUUCAUAGACUAUUGUAUCAGAGUAAUGGAUGAACAAUCUGGAAUACUGUGAAGUCUGAACAAGUGUCACUGGAUGAAAUGUUACCACACAAAUUGAAAAAUGUAGCAAGAGGUAUUAUACCUGGGUGUAUUCUAUUUGUUUCUUAAAAGAAAAUUGCUCUGAAAGAAAAUAUUACUAUGAAGGCAAAUUUAUAAUAUAGCUUGGGAAUUAAAAUUUUGAAGACUUCCCAGAUAAGUCUGCAGAUAAAUGAAUCUUAUUGUGGCAACAUGUAAUGAUGCCCAUCCUGGUCUAGUAAUCUUAGAACCUUUGGUAUUUGAAAACUCUGUUCCAACUAGGUCACGAAUAACAUUUCCAAUGUAUGACCUUCCACAAUGAAAAUUAACAGACUGAGUAGUCAGUGGUAAAGGAACAUCAUUUGUUUUGUGCCUUGCUGAAAUGGCCCACAGAGUUCUUGGGGGCUUUAGGGUGAAACUUGUUCAGAUAUGGUGACAGUGCAGUUUACAUGGCAUCUGUGCCAUGUUUGAGCAGAUCAAUCAGUAGUGGGGCUCUUCAACCAAUCAGAUGAAAGAAUCCUUCCUAAUUAUACAAGGUGGAAAUCAGGAAGAGUCUAGCAGGAAUUAUAAACGAGAUGUGAAUCAUGCACAAAGUAAACCAAGACUGGAAAUGGGAGAGAGAAAAAUGAAUUAAGAAGAAAGAGAAAUAAAAGAGACAAAGUUAAAAAUGAUUUUAACUUCUGAAGGAAUGAAACCCUCCAAUUGAAAAUUACAUUUUGAAGGCCAUAGAACUUACUCAUUAUACCUUCACGAGAAUUAGGAACAGGAGAAGACUAUCCUGAAUAUAACUUUCUCUAGUUUCUUUAGUGGGGAACUAUGGAAGAAAUACCACUGUUUAAUAUGAUUAUAUUGACUUCAUUUCUGAAUCUGUUGUUGCAGAAUGAUCCAGACUGGAAGAGCAGGGUAUUUCUCCUUCUCAGCUGUGCAGAUCCCAAUGCUGAAAGCUAUUAUUAAACUUACCUCAUUAUAACUGUGCAUGACAUCAGCCUCACCAUUAAUAUCUGAGCAAUAUCCAUGCCAAUAUAGACAUCCAUUGGCUGAUAUGAAAGGUGGGAUGAGCAUACUUUGUGCAACAGUUUCAAAAUUAUUCAGUGAUGACAUAUACCUUCAUUGAAUUUUAAAUGUUAUCAUCCCAGCCCAAUUUUGAUGCAGAUUUUGAAAUUUCACAUAUGCACACUAGGCAAAAUUUUCUUCCAAGCUGAAGAGAGACACUUCCAGUGGUUCCAUAAAAAUAUAAACAAUAAUGUUACCUUUUUCCCUGUCAAUUCUUGAAAAGAGUUUUGUUCUUAAGGAUUUCUGUCUGCUGACUGAUGAAUGAACCUCGAUAUAGUAAACAUUAUAGAAAUUCUUAUAUGCAGUUUCCUUAUUGAAAAGGCUGCGCUAUUUUAUGUGAACAUACAUUAAAUGGCGACAUCUCUUCCAUUAAUCAAGGCUGCAUUAAAAAUAUGUCAAUGUAGUUUGGUGACAUCAUUGCUAAAAUGGAUAUGAGAUAUUCUCAAGUGGGCAGGCUGUGACUGGUAGGGUGCAAGGGAUUGGUGUUUGUGCUCUAGCUAUUCAGAAUGUAUGUCAAAAAUUUGGCUGAAGGACAAAAUGUCAGGUUUCUAAGUUUGAUGGCGGUGGGAUUAUGAGUAUGGAGAUUUUGAGGGGGUAUGGACAGGCUGAGUGAGUGGCUGGGUACAUGAAGGAUGGAAUAUAAUGUAGAAAAUGUGUAGAAAAUCCACUUUGGUGGAUAUAACUGAAAGGUAGACUGUUGUAAAUGAUGAAAGCUUGGGUAGUGUUGAUGUUCAUAGGGACCUAAAUGUGCUUGUACAGAAGUUCCUAAAGGUCAAUGUGAAGAUGUAACCAGUGAUUAGAAGGGUAUAUUGUAUAUUAGCCUUUAUUACUAGACGGUUUGACUACAGGAGUAAGAAAGACUUAAAGCAAUUGUGUAGGGUUUUGUUAACACCACACCUCAAGUAUUAGGUACAGUUUUGGUAUCAUUACUAAGAGAAAAUGUAUUUGCCAUAGAGAACAUGCAGUGAAGAUUUAUUAGACUGGUUCCGGGGAUGGCAGUCUUCCUGUGUGUGAAGAAUUUAAGUAAAUGGGAAUUGUAUUUUUCAAAGUUUAGAAGAAUGAGAGGAGAUCUCACCAAAACUAACAAAAUUCUUAAAGGUGUGGGGAGGAUGUUUCUGCUGGCUGGGGCAUCUAGGACUGAGGUGAACUAUUUGAGAAUAAGGGGUAGGUAAUUUUGGACUGAGAUGGGGAGAAAUUUCUUCACUUAAAGGAUGGUGAGCCUUUGGAAUUCUCCACCACAUGCUGUGGAAGGCCAGCUGUUGUGUUCCAUCAGAGCAGAAACCUGUAGAUUUCUGGGCAUUAAAGGAACCAAGCAUAUGUAGGUAGUGCUGAAAAAUGUCCAGGAGCAAACUUGAAGGGCCAGAUGACCUACUCCUGCCCUGAUUUCUUAUGUUCUUAUUGCUACUGAUUCCUUAAAAUUGCGUCUUGACAUCACAAAAUGUGCCAGUUGGUUCAUGCUUAUCUGCAGUCACAUGUAGGAAGGCUUUGCAUCAUGUAAAAGAUCAUGUAUCCCAGUAACUACUUAACGGGUAUUGAUUUUUUUUGUCUACUUCUUUGAGCACUAAUGUAGUCUGGUGUGAAUUAAGGUGGAGGCUGACAGGGCUUAUGUCUAGAGCUCUCCGCCAAAUAUAGUGCCUUGGUUAAAACUCACCACGAUGUUUCAAAACUGCAAACAACUUCUGCUUUAUUAAAGAAACACGUAAAAAUGCUAUGUGCCUUUUACUUCUUGCAAUAUAUUGUAAUGGAUAAGCAGUUGUAGUUGGUUGAACGCAGAGAGACUCCUCCCCUCCCCUCCCAUAAGUGUUCUUGGUGAAUAGGUACAAGAAUCCACUCUCUGACUCUGACCAGGACACUCUUGCUCCGAAGCAAAAUGCAUUGAGUUUUGGCUUUGAAAUGAAGAUAAGUAUUUUAUGAAAAUGAUUUUAAUUAGUUCAUACUAUUGGCAACUCAUGUGAUUAACUACCACAGUCAUCCUUGAAGAUAUACAGCGGUAAUUAAAAUCCAUGCUCUAUCAUCAAGAAUAUGUACUGCAAAAUCUAUUUUCUGAUCAAUCAUCAAUGCAUGGAUAUUUACUUGUUAAAGUAUAUAAAAUUAUAUAAAAUGUUACUAAUUAGAAGUUAUAUGUCAGUGUAUUCAUUUGGCAAUAAUGUCAUUUUAUUACUAGUAAAUAAUGUAUUGCUUAUAGCAGCCUCAAUAAUGUAAAUUUACAAGAUGUGAUAAGAAUUGGAUGUUCUGAUCUUGUCAUUUAAUUAAAAAAGAUAAAAUAUUGUUUUAUUGUAAAAAUAUAUAACAUUUUAACAUGUUUUACUUCCACUGAUGUUAAGUAGAAGUCAUGAACAGAAACCCUGCUAGGUUUUCUUUCGGGGAGCCUGAGCUAGAAAUAUAGAACCUCUACCAUCAUGUAGACUGGGAUCAGCUAACUCAGCAGACAGGAGAGAACCAAAUCUACAACCUUAUUUCUCAGCUCUCCAUGACUCAACAAUUAAGUUAUAUGAGCUAGAAUGCAGCCAGAACUCUCCUGCUUUUCUUGAGAUUGUGCUAUGAGAUCCUAUAUGUCAAUCCUAGCCAAAAGAUUGGGCAUUUCCUCUGAGAAACCACGCACAGACAAUUCAGUAUCAGCUUAUUU